AUGAAAUCCCUCAACACGGAGAUUAUCAGGAGAUUGCCUGCGAAAUCGGUAGCUAGGUUUCUUCUAGUAUCCAAGUCAUGGGCAAAUCUCAUCACCAAUAGAGAUUUCAUCAAAUCAUUCGAGACCAGGUCUUGUUCGUCUCAGCCUCGUCUCCUAGUCUGUUUCAUUGGUCGAACGAAACCAUGCAAACGCCAAUAUUGCUACUUCUUCUCGUCGUCUUCGUCAUCAACGACUUUUCUGUCACGUGUUAAAUGUCCCCGUGAAGAUCCUGAAUGCUUUCCCUGCCUUCCUCAUUAUGCUAACGGCUUGAUAAGGCUUGGAUAUGGCGAAAAGAAACUCAUAUGUAACCCUAGCACCGGCGCUGAGUACUUGUGCUUGAUGAAAUUCGAUUUGAGGUAUGAAAAGUGGGAUCUUCUUACUAGGUUAUCCUCAGACAUGUCACGUCUAGGUGAAGAUUGCACUCUGAUAAACUAUGAGGGGAAAGUAGCCAUAACCACUACUAAUACCACCGGAGAUACCUUUAAUGUGUGGGUUAUAGAUCAGGCUGCCCGAGAACCUGGAUGGUUGAAGAAAAGUUUUAGUAUUGAAUCUUGGAAAUUUUUAUCUAAGUUAAGCAUAUAUGGCUCUACUCACACGGGUGAGUUUAUUUUGGCACCAAGGUACUAUUCGCAUGACUUUAGUGGUAUACUUUACAAUCCCAACACAAAUGGUUUGAGGAAAAUUAAGGUUGACGUAAAGGGAAGCGAUGAGUUCAAGCAUGGUCGGCGUAUGAGAACAAUGGUUUUUUGGGAGUACUUUCAGAGUAUUAGGCUGUUGUAG